AUGGAUUCCCAGUCGCCGUCCGAGCUCGAUAUCCACCAGAGAGUGGACAAUACCCGCUUCCUUCAUGGACGCAUCGAUCCUGGCCUCGAAGAAAAUCUGGACCUCCUGGAGGCCGUGGAUGUGCAGCUUGAAGAGAAGAUGAUGGAGAAGACAAUGGAGAACACACUGGAAUGGGAUGCCGAGGAUGCUACUCUCGUAGGGGUGGAGGCCGAGUCUCAACAACAAUGCCAGGCCGGAACUGGUAGCAAAAACACUAUCCUGACCCUCCCAACCGAAAUAAUCGACUACAUCCUAUCCUUUCUCGGUCCCUUCGAUCUCGUUUCCUUAUCCUCCACUUGUCACAAGCUUUAUGUGCACUCCAAGUCCGAUCUAGCAUGGCAGCGGCACGUCCAAGCAAAUGUUCCCGGCGUUCAAAUCACAUCUCCAUCGCCCUGCAAGACCUAUCGAGAGCUCUACAUGCGCCAUGACCCUCACUGGUUCAUUUCCAAAUACAAGAUCUGGUUCUGCGAUUAUUUCCUCACCGGAAAAAUCAUGAUUGCUCGGUACGACCCGCGAAGAGGUUGUAUUGAAGGAUAUCGUCUGGUUGCCGAACGGACACCGCCCACUUUUGAUCCUUGGGAGGCCGACGAUGAAGUGCUUGUUCAUUCCUUCAAUCCGCGUUGUCGACUUCAUCUGGAUCAGCCAAUUCUUCAACUCGAAGCCCAAUCUCUCGAUAAGUUAAUGGCGGCCGCGGGUAAGACGAGACCGAGGAAUGCCUUUUAUGCCGAGACGCCUAUGAUCCUUGAUAGCAGGAGUAAUAAUGGCGUGUUCUCGAAUUUCCUCCUCACAAAACCGGUUCCUCCAUCCCUGGCUCAUCCUAGCAUGCAGCUAUGGCCACCGCCUACCAUCCCAGCUCGCCAUCGAGUUCGCAAUGCUAGCCAGGAAGCUUUUGUGGGUUCUGGGCACAAACCUCAGAAGAGAUCAGAGGUCAGUAAUCAGGCGUUCAGAAUUAGGAGAUGGAUGGAGAUGGCGGCUGGACAGCACGGUUCGGGUGUUCAUCUUGGGGAAGAGGUAUAUACCUACGCGACCCUGGAUCCCAAGCUCUAUACUCCCACAAAAGAAAAGCCUUGGAGGGGUAUUUGGGUUGGUGAUUAUAGUGGACACGGAUGUGAAUUCCUACUUAUGAAUCAACCGGAUAAUGAGACACCUUUCGACGAAGCAAGUGUAGUCCAAGCGGAAGACGAGACAGUCGAGGAAUGGCAAGCUAGGAAGGAGGAAGAAAGGAUAUACCGAGGAAGCAUAGAGGCCAUCAAAUUGACUGGCGACCCUAAUGUCCCUAGAGGAGAAUACACCUUUGUCGCAGAUGACAUUUCAAGGGCGGGAUACGUUCGUACGGCGACUGAGGAAAGGUUCAAGGGCGCGAGGAUUGUGAGAAGUAGGGGUCAUAUUGCUGCUAGGAUGUUUAGAGAUGGUGAGUAUUCAGCUCUGUUCUAUGGAAGUAUGACUGGGCCUAACCGUGCGUUAGAUAAAUACAUCGAGAGUCAGUUAAUCAUGAUCUCGCAUAACAGGCUGGCUCAAUACUGGGUUGGAUUCGGCCAUAUCAGCUUCUAUGAGCGAGUUGACAUUGAUCAAUUCCUAUCCCCGUACGAUGAUCCGCUUCCAACGCCUCCGGGAAACGCUCCCUAA